UUAAUUUAUGUCACCGCAAUUUUCUAUUGCCACUUGGAGGAUUGUAAACAUGUUGUAUUGCUAGCUAAACAGAAAGCAGAUAGCCAAAACGUACGAGAGAGUUUCUGUAUUCUGGCUGUAUCAUACAAUUGCUUUGUUAACUGCAUAUUAUAUCAGCUGUUUAUGUGGUCUGAAUUUUUGCCAACGCAACUGAAGCUAGUUAGCCAGCUACUGUUAGCUGUCAUAAUCAUCAACACAGCAAGAGACAGCAAGAAGACAAUAUAGCAAUCGUUACUACAAAGCUGGCAUUAUGGCAUCUUUGGCGGCGCACGAGCCGAGUUUAAGCCCAAAUUCGAUACCAGUCCUCACCGACGCUCUGAUGCCCGCGAGCAUUUUCGCUCCGGACCGAGGAGGUUGUGGAGAUCAUGACGCCGGGGUAGAGUGCUUCGAGGACGGCGACCUCUUCAACGGCGAGGCCGGGGAUCUCGGCAUUGACUUCACUAGCAAGUUGGCCCUGGUCAGCCCUAAUGGAGAGCAGUAUGACUUGUUACUACGACAACUCCGGGAGAGGAUGGACGAGGGUUGUGGGGAGACCAUCUACGUUGUUGGGAUGGGCUCAGACGGAGGUGACUAUGGUCUGGAUGAGGGAGAUAUGGAGGCUUCUGUAGCCACGGUUCAGUCCCUGUGUGAGCAGACAGAGUCAGACCUGAUCCUGCUGAGGGAACGAAUCGAAGCGGGGGGGCAGGUACGCGACUACCUCAUCCGCCGACGCGUAGGUGAUCAAGACUUCCUGGAGGUCAGGGUAGCGGUGGUGGGUAACGUGGAUGCAGGUAAGAGCACCCUGCUGGGGGUGUUGACCCACGGGGAACUGGACAACGGCAGGGGGUUCGCCCGCCAGAAACUCUUCAGACACAAACACGAGAUGGAGAGUGGCAGGACCAGCAGUGUGGGCAACGACAUCCUGGGCUUCGACCAGAAGGGACAGGUGGUGAAUAAGCCAGACAGCCAUGGGGGCAGUCUAGACUGGACUAAGAUCUGUGAGAGGUCCUCUAAGGUCAUCACCUUCAUAGACCUGGCUGGACACGAGAAGUAUCUCAAGACCACCGUGUUUGGAAUGACUGGACACCUGCCUGACUUCUGCAUGCUCAUGGUGGGCAGUAAUGCAGGUAUCGUAGGGAUGACCAAAGAGCAUCUAGGCCUGGCCCUGGCCCUCAAUGUGCCUGUGUUUGUAGUGGUCACCAAGAUAGACAUGUGUCCUGCCAACAUCCUACAAGAGACGUUAAAGCUGCUCCAGAGGUUACUAAAGUCCCCAGGCUGCAGAAAGAUCCCUGUUCUGGUCCAAAACAAAGAUGAUGUCAUCGUCACAGCCUCCAACUUCAGCUCCGAGAGGAUGUGUCCAAUCUUCCAGAUCUCCAAUGUGACAGGAGAGAACAUGGACCUGCUGAAGAUGUUCCUCAACUUGCUGUCUUCUAAAACCUCCUUCAGAGAAGACGAACCUGCAGAGUUCCAGAUAGAUGACACCUACUCAGUACCGGGUGUAGGCACAGUCGUAUCAGGGACUACUUUACGUGGAUUGAUACGUCUGAAUGACACGAUGCUGUUAGGCCCAGACCCAUUGGGCAGUUUCCUCCCCAUUGCGGUCAAAUCUAUCCACAGGAAGAGGAUGCCAGUCAAGGAGGUGAGAGGUGGACAGACUGCCUCCUUCGCCCUCAAAAAGAUCAAGCGUUCGUCCAUAAGGAAAGGCAUGGUGAUGGUGUCCCCCAGGUUAAACCCACAGGCAUCAUGGGAGUUUAUGGCUGAGAUCCUGGUUCUGCACCACCCAACUACGAUAUCACCCCGCUACCAGGCCAUGGUGCACUGUGGCAGCAUCAGGCAGACAGCCACCAUCCUGACCAUGAACAGAGACUGUCUACGAACAGGGGACAAGGCAUCGGUCCACUUCCGCUUCAUCAAGACCCCCGAGUACCUCCACACAGACCAGAGACUGGUGUUCAGAGAGGGACGCACCAAGGCUGUGGGCACCAUCACCAAGCUGCUGCAGUCGACCAAUAACCUGCCGUCGAACUUCAAACCCCCGCAAAUCAAAAUGCAGUCUACGAAAAAGGCCCCGUACCGCAGAGAGGAUGGAGCCAUGCCAGCCAAUGAGGACGAAGCGAGCACAGCCCGACCAGACAGUCCGCACCAAUCACAACAACCGACAGAGGGGGAGGAGGACCCUCAGAGUAAUGAGGGGAACAAAGAGAACAAGCCAAAGUCAGGAGGAGGGAGCAGGAGACGAGGAGGACAGAGACAUAAAGGCAAAUCAAACCAGAGCAGCUCCACCACAGCAGCCCCGUCAUCAACAGGCACAGGAGGUUCCUAAACUACACCCCUCUCAGACCCCAAACUACAGUACUUCCUCCAUCCACCUGUUUCAGCAGAACCCCCCCCCCAAAACUACCCUUCCCCUCUCCCUCUUCAACAACUAUCCCCCGUUGUAACCCCUCAGCAGAAGAAUGUGUUCCUAAAUGGCCUCUUCCCCUCCAUCCCUACCUCUCUCCCUCUGUACCACCCUGCUAUCUAUCGCCUUAACAAGUGUCUUUGUCACUCACACCAGAGAAAAGUCUUAAGAGGGACUAGGUGAAAAGCAGCUCCCGAAGUAAACACACAGCUCUGUGCUUGUAGAUGGUUAACUCUGCCUCCUCUCAUCUUAACUCAAUCGCGCCGAUUAGUUUAGAAAGCAUCCUUAUUAUAUUUACAGUGUAUGAACCUGAUAUGCCUUCCUUUUAUUGGGUCUAUGGUGAGAAUGACUGUAAUACUGUGUAUACUUCAUCAUGAGCCCAAAGCCACAACAUGAGCAGCUAUUCCCUUACAGUAGAGUAACCCAGCUCCAUGCAAUAUAGCUCAUCAUUGUUUCACAGGCAUACUAGUAAGUGUUUCUCUCAUUUCCUACUAUUUACCACUAGGAUCCCCAAUAUGACAUAAUGACGCAUGUUUUCUAUUAUUUUUUCAUAUUUAAUUUUAUACAGAAGGAAUGGAAGGAAGGAAGGUCACAACUGACAUAGUGAAUGGUACAUUUUAGCAGGCCUUCAUUGAGUGAAAUAUUGUAGAUAAUAAAAUAUUCCCUCAAACAUCUUAUUGGCCAUUUAUGGCCAUCAGUGAAACCAAAAGGAAACCCAUGGUUUGUCUGAAUAUCCAUCACACACUGGCCCUUUCUCAUUUGGGGAAAAAGUCAGUCCUCUCUCCUCCAUGGCCCGGAAACCGAUAAGUGGUUGAGGAGUGUCAAUUCGUUAGUAGGCGAAAUGGAAAAGUGUAAUCCCCUACUCGAUAGCCACCUUUCAUCAAGGACAGUCAUGUGUAUCGUACUCUUAUCGGAAGAGUUUAGAACUCUGCCACACCCCCUGUGAAUCAGCUAGUUUUGAAGGAGAAAAACUUGCACUUUUAAAACAAUGCUACUUAUAGAUAAAACGAUAAUGUCUUGCACAACUAACUUAAUUUAUUUGAUCACUUUACACUUAUUUUGGGAUCCACUCCUGUAAACGUCAUUUGCCUGAGUGGAGGAGUCAUUUCAUACAAGCACAUUUUCGUCCAUGUUCCCUCUCCUCGAUUACCUUUGAUCUUUUUCAAAAGGAGGCGAGAGGAGUUGAGCAAAUCCAAUUGAGAAAAGGCCACUUGUCCUCUCCAAAACAAAAUCUUCCAUUUACACUGAAUAUCUAGGGUUUAUUUAAGAAUAUAAUUUACACUUGAUCCUCUCACUUAAACAGUUGCUAUUGAUUGUAAUAAUAAUAGUUGCAGUGCUAGCUGUAGCCUAAGGAGCUGUUUGGACCAUCACUGUUUACGUAGUUGUGGAAUUCAACAGUUUGCCUCUGACAUUCACCAAUAAAAGACAGGCAUUAUUGAUCUUC